UGUUUGCGGUUGGUGGUUUUCUCGUUUGGGGUUUUAACUGGGCAUGAAGUUCGGCUUUUGAUGGGCACACAUAAUACACUAUUCGCACUUGUGUGUGUUUUUCUUAGCUGUAAAGAAGGCCCACCGGACUUGCCUACGCUACGCACGGCCACAAUUGAUUCGCUUAGACUCUUCAAACGUUUUUUGGUGCUUCUUUUGCUUGGCCCUGCUCUCUUUAUUUCCCUUUUAAAACCGUGAUGUAGAAGUAAUACUUAACAUCUCUUCGUAGGUAAUUUAAUUUCCCUCUUGUUUUAGAAUCUUUUCUUCUCAUGCCCACCUAAGCUUUAGCCUAAUUUAAGGAUCAAAAAAGGGUCCUUGUUCCUUCUUAGCUUAAUCAUGGCCCCUGCAGGGAAAGUUACUGGGUUUCAUAGAGAGGGCAAUGACUGGUCUUGCAAUGCAGGGUUGCCAAGUGAUAUCACUGUCGUCGUGGACGGCAUAAACUUUCACCUUCACAAGGAAUUGCGGAAAUGAGCAGUAAUGAAUAUGUGUGGAAUGGUUCGUGGUGGUCAGGAAUGUAUUUAGGUCACUAGGCAACCGAGGACCAAAUUUUCCAUUAGUAUCAAAAUGCGGGAAGAUAGCACGAAUAUGUGAAGGAUCUCUUGAAAAAGUGUUCAGCACUGCCCUUGAAGAAUUCCCUGGUGGACCUGACACUUUCUUGGUCAUAGUAAAAUUUUGUUAUGGCAUGCGGGCAGAAUUGACACCAAGAAACAUAGUAAUUGUGUCUUGCGCGGCAGAUUACCUUGAAAUGACAGAGGAUUAUGGAGAAGGUAACUUGCUUUCCAAAACGGACGGUUUCUUCCACAAGAACAUACUUCGAAACUGGAAGGACUGCCUAUUGGCUCUUCAAAGUUCUGAUCCUGUUUUGCCAAGAGCAGAAAAACUCCAGAUAGUAGGUAAAUGUUUGAAUGCUUUAUCUAUGAUGGUCUGCACAGAUCCUAGUUUGUUUGGAUGGCCCAUGAUGAUGUAUGGCAGCUUACAGAGCCCAGGUGGUAGCAUCCUGUGGAAUGGAAUAAACACUGGAGCUAGAAUCCGAAGCACAGAAUCUGACUGGUGGUUUGAAGACAUUUCUUACCUUAGCGUGGGUUUGUUUGAAAAACUAAUCCAUACAAUGGAAAUAAGAGGAAUAAGACCUGAAAAUCUUGUGGGUGCAAUUAUGUACUAUGCUAGGAAGUACCUACCAGGUCUGGGCCGGUGGCAGAGUGGACAAAGUAGCAAAACUAGAACUGUUGCUAGUUUCAGUUUGACACCUGCUGCUGUUGAUCAAAGGGUUCUUUUGGAAACCAUUGAAAGGCUUCUCCCAGAAAAGAAGGGGAAAUCUUUCUGCCGCUUUUUACUGGGACUUCUUCGUGUUGCACUGAUUUUGGGUGUCAGCCAAACAUGCAAGGACUCUUUAGAGAGGAGAAUAGGGAUGCAACUGGAAAUGGCAACCUUGGAUGGCCUUCUUAUUCCCACAUACUCAGAUUCUGAUACUUUAUAUGACACUGACUGCAUGGAACGGAUAAUCUAUCGCUUCAUGACCUCAGAAUCAAAGAUAACAUCAUUUUCUCCACCAUCAUUGGACCUGGAAACAUCACCAUCUUCUGAACCAUUAAGGAAAGUCGCUAAGUUGGUGGAUAACUAUAUAGCAGAGGUUGCUUCGGAUGUAAAUUUGAAACCCAGGAAGAUACGAUCUCUUGCAGAGGCCCUUCCAGAAUCUUCAAGACCAUUGCAGGAUGGGUUAUACAGAGCUCUGGAUAUAUAUUUCAAGGCACACCCUUGGCUCUCAGACAGAGAUAAAGAAGAACUAUGCAAUGUUAUUGACUACCAGAAACUAUCCAUUGAUGCCUGUGCCCAUGCUUCACAGAAUGAAAGGUUACCGCUUAGAGUUGUUCUUCAAGUCCUGUUCUUUGAGCAGAUGCAGUUGAGAACUGCUCUUGCUGGCUGUUUGCAUGUCUUGGAUGCUGAAGGUGCCCCUGCAGGUCCCAUGUCGGUCCCAGGUGACACAGCAGGGCAAAUUGUACAGAGAGAUGGUUGGGUAACUGUUGUGCGUGAGAACCAGGUACUAAAGGGAGAUAUGGAAAAUAUGAGGUCUAGGGUUGGGGAGCUUGAAGAAGAAUUUAGUAAAAUAAAGCAAGAGAUGAAGAGGGUGACUAAAUCACACAGCUCACUUAGUUCCCCUCGCUUGGUUGCCUGGAAAAUGGGGUGCAAGCUUCUUCCACGAUCCUCAGAUGCACAACCAGAUGCAGUUGACAGCACUGGACCCACUCCAAGAGCAUCAGUUGAGCAACCACGUUCUUCUCGUCAUUCUAGACAUAGGAAAAGUUUCUCUUUGUUUUGAUAGCUAAGCUAACACAGGGGAAAGACUUUAAACAUGAAAUAUGUGUAUAAAUGAAAAGGCAGUACAGAAAAGGUCGCGCGAUUGUCUAGCAGCACGUGAUCAAGAUAUAAGGGAGGACUUCUGCUUCUUCCGAUCCUUUAAAGCAUACUUCUUCUAAAGUUUAAUUCAGCAUUUGAAGGGGAAUUUUUCUUUCCCAAAUUUUUGGAGAGGUGGGUCAUGUUGAAUUUUGAACAAGUUGAAAAUGUGAUAUGCUCCAGUCCAAAUCUGGCAUUAUAGGCAUGCUAUUCCAGAUUUAGAGUGGAGCUACCAGACAACACACAUCAUCACAGAAAAGAAAUGUAAUUAUGACAUAUAAACUGUUUUCUUUUAUUCUUUUGUCAACCCUCUUACAGGUGUGUUUCUGUGCAUUGUUUUGUAAGAUCGUAAUUGGGAAUAUGUCAGAAAAUUCAUGUUGCAUUGUGUAAAUAUCACCUCUUUUUCCUUUGUUUUACGAAAUUAUGAGUUUAUUGGAUUCCUACUGAA